AUGGCUACCCCCAGUGUCCUUACCUUUGAUACUGACGGUCGUGCUGUUGACUUUGAGGUCUGGGUCGAUGAUCUCCAGCUGUUCUUACAGUGCGAUAGGGCAGACGAACUUUCCCUGUUCGAUCUCACCUCUGGUGUCUCUCCUGGCCCGCCUGCUACUGCUGACAGUACUGAUCGCUCGCAGUGGGCCAAGCGCGAUGUUGAUGCACGUCUUACUGGGUGUUCUCCCUCCCCCCUCUUGCCCUCUGUUGCUUCUGCUGCUACGGCCGACCUCGUUGGCUUCGAGUCGGUCGGCGCUGCGUCUGCCCCUAGCGCGAAGCGCCGCACCGGCAAGGGCAAGGGGGGCAAGGGCGUUGGGGGGGCUAGUGGGGGCGGUGGAGGUGGUGGUGGAGGCAGUGGAGGGGGUGGGGGUGGUGGUGGGUGUGGUGGCGAGGGCGGAGGUGUCGGUGGCAGCAGUGGAGGCGGAGGAGGCGGCGGUGGUGUCGGAGGGAGCGGAGGCGGCGGAGGUGGUGGAGGUGGCGGAGGUAGUGUCGCGGUUUAUGUAGCCAGGAGGGCCGCAUAG